ACAAGGACAAUUAUCAGAACGUGCACAAAUACCGACCAUGCAGGUGAAAUUUUUGUUACGGUUGUUUGGGAUUUUUAUUUGCAGUGUUAACAUUGCUAAAGGGAGUUCCUACGCUGAUGAGGUUAAAACCUUGUUAAGGAAACAUUUCAACAACGAAAACAAUAUAUGUUGGAGCACAGCUACGUUAAAGGCAAACCAGUAUAAAGGUGACGAAAAUAAGAGCAUGGCAAUAACUCUGAUCAACGUGUACACACAAGAGUGCUACCAAUACAACGAUAACACCAACGUUUGGCCAUUUUAUAGGGCACUGAAUACAAAACUUCGAGCAAAAACUAGUGAAAACAUUUGGCUAGACACAGAAAGCUUGCUUAAUCAAGGGUUGGAAAUGAUAGGCCUUGACACAUGGGAUCUGCUUUACAGGUCUUGUUUCUGCAACAAUAUCAAAAAGGGAUCCACAAUUAUAGUUGAUGAUUUCUGGAGUACGUCAUUGGAGGCACGCGCGUCAAACAAUUUUCUAAAUAAAGACAAAAUAUUUUUCCAGAUUGUUGAUGCUCGACGCGGGGCAAAUAUUCGCAAUUAUUCAACAUACAGCGGGGAAAAAGAAAUUCUACUACAAUCGAAAAGUGAAUUCUAUGUUACAGAAUAUUUCACGGAUGCAACUGGCAUAAAAAACAAGAAAGAAGGAGUAAAUGAGUCGGGAAUUGUUUGGAACGACAUGAAAGCGUUUGCCGUCGUGACAAGCAAUAUUCCUACAAGAGCUGUUAGGUCGGUUUCCAACUAUUGCGAUUGCUUGGCUGGCACAACAUCUGAUGCUUCUAUGCCUGCAAGACGUUCAAGUGCCUUGUUUGUCAUUGUCUUUAUGAUAGUUCGGUACAUGAGAACAAAAUAAAUUUGUAUGCACAAAAUUAGACUUUUACAGCAUAACGUUUUUUAAAAUGAUUAAUGUCAAUUUUGAUGAACAAAACGCAUAGAAAAACGUUUUGCGUGUUUUAAUUGCUGUAUUUUUUUAAUUUUUAACUGUUUUAUUCUAUUUUCUGCUUGUUUGUACAAUGAUACCUUUAUUAUGAGAAUAUAUGAAGACAUAGUUUUAAACCUUGCUAAGGCAAUCUAUGUCAGAUGGCUGUCUUUAAAUGACUUUAUCGUGUAAGGGCUAGCAAACUCCUGCAUGAUUCAUUCGUUUGCAUGUAAUGUCUGUAUCGGGUCAUUGAGCACUUAAAUUUAAGGCUAUUACCAUAUUAAAUGGAUUAAGCUCCCAGUAGUGUUCCAGCACUAUAAUAAUACAUUCAUUUGCAAGUGGUUAGAAAUACAAACAAUGCAAAUAAGAUGACAGAACUAAUCAUUGGCCCACCAAAAUACACGGUCCCUCUCAAAUGUUCAAAUACGUAUAAUUAUAUAAAUACUAUGCAGACAACAUUGAAUUGAAAUUCCUUUAUUCUUUAGCAGAAAACUAGUUUGCGUUGCAUGUCAUCUGUCGUAUUGAAUAUUAAAUAAUAGUCAAUCAACAUAUUUUUAAAGCUGAAAUAAAAUUAACAACGGUAUUUUUAGUUUUGUAUU